AUGCUGCCUUCAACUGUAAUAUGGGAAGGUAUCCUCCAAAGGUAUUUAAAAUACGGUGAUGCCGGGUGCGACGUCUCGGAGCGGCUAACGAUUCUCGCGGCCAUGAACUCCCGCACACCGUCUCGGGCAAACUCAGUCACAGUGUCCGCCUCGAGUCCGGCGUCCAUUGCCGGGCACACUCGCUAUAUAGAGAUGCUGUUGGAAGUCGACCAUAUGCCGUGGGUCUACAACAUCAUUGCCAGCGUCGCACACUGGGUGCUCCUUGCGGGAUAUCUAGUGAUUCCUGGAACAUUCACUUCCUUGCAGAAGUCGGAAAAUCUCGAGCAGGCUCUCAUUGGCAACGGUGCUAACAAGGCCGUGUUGAAUAAGAUUCAGAACCCGCCCCUCCUCGCGAUUGCCUGUGUGUUCUUCGCAGUAGGGACUACGCUUCUGACAUGGCUUUGCUGGACAUGGCGCAGCAAUUACAUUUGGCUCGUCGGUCGGGUAUUUAUGCCGGUUGCGAUGAAUGCAGCUGCGGGCCUCGCUACAACAUUGAUCAAUGUAUACACCGCGCAAUCAGCCACUUGGUCUAUCAUGGCUCUGGUCACCACGGUGAUGGUCGGAAGUGCCUUUUUAGUUUCGUUAUCGCUGACGGUUCUGUAUAAAUACGUCUUGUUAAAGAAGGUCGAGGAGGAGCACGAGAUGGAAAUGCGUACCAGGACGCCUACGUCGACCGACAAUCAUUCUUGA